GGUCCCAAUGGUCCGAAUAAAACCAAAGCUAGGUCCCUUUAAGGAAGCUCCGAGCUAUUGCUCUACAACGGACCAAUAGAGGAACGGCAUUCGAUAAUAUCCCACCAAUCAAUGUUGUCUAUGUUGCUUGGUCCUUCCUCUGUGCUGGUGCCCCUAGAGUGCUGUACUGCAGUAACUGUUGAACUGUCAAAAUAUCCGCCUUAAAACGCAAAUUUUGUCCUAUUCAUUAACCAUGUUUUCUUGGAUGUGCAUCGUCGAGGUUAGCCGAAACAUCGCUGUCAUCUUCAUCUAGCGGCAGGUUCCCUCGACAAUUAUGGAGGCUUAAAUCUGAGUGGUGUUGUGGGGGAGAGGGCCCUUUCCCUCUGGCUGGAAGGACUUAGUGGAGGAAUCCACGGAAAGCAGUUGGAAGUUUUGCCUUUUCUAUGAAAGAGUAAGAAGAAGAAGCCGAAGAAAUAAUAAGAAAGUAUUUUUUGAAAACAGAGAGAAUAUAUAUUUGUAAAGAUUUUGUAUCCGUUACCUUUCGCAAUACUGCUUAAUGUGCCAAAUGUGCAUGCCCCUUGUGUGGGUAUGGCUGCUGUCAUGGUGGAUUGAUCUGCCCUGAGAAGGGCCUGGGGGUCGCUAGGGUGCGGUGGAACCCCAACACAAGCACAUUCCUAGCACCCCAACUCUCACCACGGACAGUCUGCCUCUACACUGUGGAGCUUUUUUGUUUUCGACAACAUCAUUAUAAUUAUAGUCGGUAUCAUUAUUUUUUAUUAAUAUCAAAGGAAUCCUGAGCCAUUCACAUUGUUUGUUUUGUCUCUUAGCGGUACAUAUUUAAAAAUAUUAUUGCAGUAAAUAUUGCAGUUCUGAAGAGGUGAAGGUCUCUGCUUGGUUUGGAGCGGGGCUGGGGGUUGCUCGUAGCGAGUGGGGCGGUUAACGUUUUCAGCCGGUGUGUGAGGGCCGUCGCGCGGGGCCCGACGGGGCCAGGAUGAGCUCGGCGACCCCCGACUGCACCCCGAGGUGCCGCUCCCUGGCGCACGCGGACGAGGUGCUGGCGGCGCUGACCGCCGGGCCCGAGGGCCGGCUCAGGGCCUUCCUGCUGGGCCACUGCCACAACUGGGCCACGCUGCGGGACCGGCACGGGCGCACGGCGCUGCACCUGGCCGCCUCGCUGGGCCGGCGCGCCCUCCUGGAGUGGCUGCUGGAGAGCAAGAGUGGUGCCGACCUGCUGCUCAAGGACCGGGAGUCCGGCUGGACUGCCGCGCACCGCAGCGCCUUCUACGGCCACCUCCACUGCCUGGUGGCCGUCGUCAAGCGAGGGGGAUGCCUCACCACCCAGGACAGAGAGGGCCUCACCGCGCUGGACCUCACCAUGAAAGACAGGCCAACACACGUGGUUUUCCGUAACUCGGACCCUACGGAGGUCUAUACUUGGGGCAACAACACCAACUUCAGCCUGGGCCAUGGGAAUCAGGAGAGCCGUCACCACCCGGAGAUAGUGGACGUGUUCGCCAGGACGGGCGUCUAUAUCAAACAGGUGGUGCUGUGUAAAUUCCACUCGGUGUUCCUAUCUCAGAAUGGGAGGGUGUUUACCUGUGGACAUGGACAAGGGGGUCGACUAGGACAUGGAGAUGAACAGACAUAUAUGGUGCCACGGAUGGUAGAGAGCCUCCAUCACUGCUCUCAAGUGGCUGCAGCAAAGGAUCACACUGUGGUACUGACGGAGGAGGGCUAUGUAUACACCUUCGGUCUCAACACCUUCCAUCAGCUGGGCCUGGUCCCGCCUCCAGCCUCCGCCCACCAGCCAAAACAGGUAUCAUCCAAGUGUCUGAAAGGGAGGACUGUUAUUGGUGUAGCAGCAGGAAGGUUCCACACGGUCCUGUGGACUCGAGAGGCGGUUUAUACCAUGGGCCUGAAUGGGGGCCAGCUGGGCUACCUCCAGGAUCCAAAUGGAGUGAGGUGUGUGACCGCGCCUCGUCAGGUGUCUGCCCUUCACCACAAGGAAGUGACCAUCGCCAUGGCAGCCGCCAGCAACGGGGCCACUGUUUGUGUGACGGAGAAGGGAGAUGUUUACCUGCUGACCGACUACCAGUGUAAGAAGCUAGCAUCUAGGCAGCUGAACAUUAAAAAGGUGGUGGUGGGCGGAGGUAGCCUGGAUCACCGCGUGGCCCCUCAGGUGCUGAACGAAGCAGGUGGGGAGAAGGUGUCUAUUCUGGCCCUGGACCAGGCUGGAAGGGUGUUCAGCUGGAAGGCCACAGGCAGCUCAGUGAAGCAGUGCAGGUGGGCGUAUGGGCGGCAGGUGUUCAUGUCGGACAUCGCGCUCAGCAAGAAUCACAUGAUGUUUGUCACCCAGGAGGGGGAGGGGUUCAGUGGCCAAUGGCUGUCUGAACAAAAGAAGGGCGGAGACAAGAAAGACACAGGAAGUGGGGUGGAGCUAGCUGCUCACUCUGAGGUCAGCGCUGCCUAUGAGCGAAUCCGCCUGGAGAGGCUGCCCUAUGUCCACAGAGCUGUCAGCAUCACCACGGACUCUAAGGGACGCAACUUUGGGGUUCUGCAGUCUGACCCCAAAGCCAGUCUGUUUGAGGUACCCAGCGUUUCCCCUUCCUCCUUCUCCCAACACUUCCUGAACCUGCUGACCUCGGCCGAGGAGACGGACAGCAUCCAUGAUGUCACUCUGCAGGCCGGGAGCCGAGCCUUCCCCGCCCACAAGUACAUCCUGUCCAUGCGCUCCGAGUUCUUCCGCAAGCAGCUGUACCCGUCCUCUGAGCCGGGUGGGGCUGACGAGGAGGAGGAGGAAGACGGGGUGAGGAGGAGCAGCGACGCGUCCGGCUGUGACCUCCUGGUCCUGGAGAAGGUCCCGGCAGACAUGCUGGAGCAGGUGCUGCGGUACAUCUACACGGACUCCUGCGAGCUGCUGGUCCACGGGUUCCGCCCCAGCCUCCCUCCGUCUGCUCCCGCCCCCCAGGACACGCCCCGGGGCCUGAGCCUGCCAGACACCUUGCGGGGUCGCGCUGCCCUGGAGGUGUACCGUUCCUUGCCCCAGUCGCAGAGCAACAAAAGCAGCAAGACCAGCAAGAAGAACAAAGGGGGUGGGGCCAGUGAGGGCGGGGCCAACCCCGUGAAGACUCUACAGGGCGUGGCCAAGAAACUGGGAAUGGGCAGUCUGUGUGCACGACUGGAUGGUGUCAGGUAUGAAAAUGGGAAAAUCAACGUCAUUCACAAGAAGACUGGAAGUAAACCCAAAUUUCAGCAAAAAAAGUGCUCCUACCUUUGUGAUGUCACUCUGAAGUCUGAAGAUGGGAAGGAGUUUGCGUGCCACAAGUGUGUGCUUUGUGCUAGACUGGAAUACUUCAACAGCAUGCUGGGAAACAGCUGGAUUGAGGCCACAAGCUGUACUGCACUGGAGAUGCCCACCAGUGCUGCCAUCCUGCAGGUCAUUCUGGACUAUGUGUACACCGACGAGUCGGCCACUGUCAAAGAGUGUGAGAACGUGGAGUUUGUCUGCAACGUGCUGGUGGUGGCAGACCAGCUCCUCAUCACCCGCCUUAAAGAGAUGUGUGAGGUGGCCAUCACCGAGAACUUGACUCUGAAGAAUGCUGCGGAGCUGCUGGAGUUUGCUGUAAUGUACAACGCAGAGCAGCUCAAGCUGUCCUGCCACCAAUUCAUCUCACUUAACAUCGCCGCCCUGCUGGAAUCACGAGCUCUGGAUGUUCUGAGUGACGAUGUACUUCUGGAGCUGUCCACUGCUUACAGGAGCAUGAUCCCUGCUAUGCAGAAGCGUGUGAUCACCCCCUCUCCCGAUGCCCCUGAUCUCAGUGCCUAUCAGGACAAAGACUGGGACUCCACAAUUAGCACUCAAACCGACAAAGAGCUGGACUCCAUCAGCAGGGAAACACUGCUGAAGAAAGCAAAGAUCAAAGCUAAACGGAAACCACGGCGACGUUCUGACAGCUCAGGGGGGUACAAUCUGUCUGACAUCAUCCAGAGCCCGCCCCCUUCAGAGCUGGCAAAGGCAGGGAAGACUGGCUCCAUGGAGUCCUUGCAGGAGAUGUUGACGUCAGACUCUGAGGGGAGCUACGCUGGAGUGGGGAGCCCCAGAGACCUUCACUCCCCUGUGUUCCAAGAGACUGCGGAGCUGGAGGAGAAAUCUCACAUGCUGAACCUGAGGAGCCCACCCAAAACCCCUCCUGCAUUGAACAGACCACCCACUCUUCCCAAGAGCUCUGCCCCUCAGCCCAUCCCCCAGCCUCAUGCACCUGCGGUUCCUCCACCUCCAGUGCUGCUCCUCAGGUCCAUCAUGGAGACGGAGGCAAGCUUGCAGAGUCUGGGAGCCACACCCAAAAGCCCUGUAUCCAGCAGCAAGCCCUCCCCAUUUCCGGCCAAACUCUCCCAGAAGCAGAGGAAGAUGCUCGCCAUGGCGACCAAGGAGGGUGGGGCAGAGGGUGUCACAGCAAAGUCGCCCCCUGUGCUCACUCCGUCCAAGAAUGGGAAGGCGUGGGCAACGCAACUUCCGUCUCCCACAACCUCCCAGUCAUUCCGGGACCUCCUUGAGGAGGAAGAGAGGCGGGUCAGACCUGCUGAAGCAACUGUGGUUGGCCUAGGCAAAACCUCUGUAGCACCUCUGACUGGUGCAGCGAGUCCGAUUUCUGCCACUCGGAAGGUGACAUUUAAGCAUGCUGAAGUGAACAGCCCCGAAAAACCAGCUGGGCCCUGGGUGCUGGGAGCAGUGGGCAGUCCCCCCACGGGCUCCAUGGUAACCUUCGCUUCCAUCAUAGAGGAGGAGAGGCAGCAGGAGGCGGCACUGAUCCGGAGCAGAGAGAAACCCCUAGCACUGAUCCAGAUCGAAGAGAGAGCUAUCCAGGACCUUCUACUGCAUUACAGGGCUGCCAACAACCCAGAGGAGUUCAUUGUGGUAGAGAGGGCCUCCCAGGGCCCCGUUGCUACCCCCAGAUGGAAUAAACACUGAGACCGUGUUCCUGCAACGUAACUGUGCAGCCUAUCAGAGCACACUUUCAUUAUUACCCUCUAAGAUGACCCUCAGUACCUCGACGUCUUUAGUUUAGCAAAACUGCUCUGAUUCGUCUUUACUCCUCACUUCCUGUGUUUUACCCAUCCGUUCCUCCCUCUGUUGACAAAUUAAUGGGUUUUAUUGCCUGUAACUGGAAAAUUCUCUCUCCAAAAGGGUCCGAUGACACUUUGGGGUAGGGGAGGCUGGGGGUGGGGGUUCUUGGGGACAGUGCGGGUUGAUGGGUGUGAGGAGCUGCCAAAGAUGAUGCUGAGAAGGGGGGGGGUAGUCUGUCAGAGGAAACUUUAGUCUGGCUGGUGUUACCCAGCAGCCUUUUUGUUAGCUUUAUGGUGGAUGGGGACAGCGUGUGGAUGCAUGGUGCAAGUUGAAAUGCUGCUGAGCGACUGUGCUUGACAGCCUGACAGACUGUCACUGCCAGAGAAGCCCACAAGCUCCUCAAGCCUGAGUCUGACUUCUGAGCUUGGCUGGAAAACGCACAAUAUACAUGCUAAGAUACACUAUAUGUUCUAUAUAUCCACUUUACUUUCUAGAAUGUAUUGAUAUACAUAUAGGAUUCUAAUAAAAAAUAUAGCCUUGGCAGGGCAUACGCUUCAGAAACAUGUGUGCAUUUGUGCGUGCGUAUAACAGGGAGAGCAUGGGAAUUGAAGUGAGAUAUUGUCUAUUGGUUCGUCACCUUUUGUGUGCGGUCUGACUAGAUUCCUAUCAGCGCAGCCUUUAAAACAGAACUGAUGAUCUCAGCAACCCCUGCCUCUUAUCUCUCUCUUACUCACUGACACAUUCACACGCACAUACACACACACACAUACUUGCACUCACAGGCAUGUACAUCCAUGUGUGGGUACACACAGAUUGAAAUACACUCACAUGCACAUCUACCUGUAUAUACAGUACACAUACUGCAACCCCAGGUCCACAGUCCGAGACUUGUGUGCACGCACACACAGACACACAUACACACACACACACACAUGUAUACACACACACACAUGCACGUACAACUCCUCUGGAAGUGGCUCGCUCAGCUGACAGUGCUCAUUGUGUAUUUGAAGUGUUGAGUGGGCGGCUUGGUUGCUCCAGUGUUACCAAGUUCAGAAUACAUCUUGAGAACUUUGUCUGAGACGUAGCUUGAGCUGAUUAGUGCAAAGGCAGGCAAUAAACCCUUCUGUGCAAUGA